UAACAAGUGUUUGCCGUCUUUGGACAUUCAGUGUGCGAUAUCCCGGCGUACGGUGCAGACAACGGCUCAUGCGAUCAGCUAAAAGACAAAAGUUUCAAACAAAAAUACACUAAAAAGUAUUUAAACUUAAAAUUAGCAGCUAAAGUUAAGCAUUAAAUGUAUAUUGCAACGCGCUAAGUUUCAAUCUCGAAGUAAAGACUACAUUUUUUUAUUGUUUCUGUUUCGGUGACACAAAAAAUUCAAAAAUAAAAAUAUCAUAUAAUAAUACUAAAUAAAUACAACAAAUACCUCAAUCACGUGCUAAAAGUGGCGAAAAAUUCAAAAAAUAUUUAAAACCUAUUAAAGUGAUUUUGAAACAAUCCAAAGAACUGAUAUAAAAACCAUAUCAACGGUCCGGUGACUAAGCCCAGCCUAUCAGCCUCAGCCCUUCUACCUCUGUAACCCCCAAAAAACCAGAAACCAAACAUCUCACCAACCACACUAGAACCCAUCCCAACACAACAGUCCCCCCCCCCCAACAAGACCACGGAUUACGGAUUCAGACUACGGACAGUAUCAACAAAAAACGCACAAAACUGACGGAAUCAAGAGUAACCACUUGGCGCCAGAACCAUCCCCACAUCCGUCACUACAAUGUAAACCAUACGUUUCUCCAGAUUCCUUCAAUAUUUGUUCCGAUUUACAAUUCUUUAUACAUUCUGUAGUGAUUACCAACAUAGAUCGAUAGACACGUAAGCCAACAGCAGAAAUACAAAAAGCAAUCAAUGCACUUUCCAUAAUUUAUUAAAUUAUUUAUGUAAAAUAAAAAACAAUUUGUGAUAUAUCUAUUUUUUUGUGUUUAGUCGUAGUUAGAAAACCGAUAAAAAAAACAAUAAAACUAAUAGUUAAAAAAUAAAAACUGAAAAAAACCAAAACAAAAAGUAUGCAAAGCCCAUAGACAGUAAUCGAUAACGAUAAACAAAAAAAAAAAAACAAAAAAUAUAUAUUUAUUAGUGCACAUUUUUUUCAUUUGUGUUUUGUAUAAUUUAAAAGUGUAUUAUUAUUUUUUUUAAAUUAAUUAUUAGCUAAGCAGAAGCAGAGAUUAGUUCAAAUUAAGUUUAGUCGAUGAGUUUCAGUUGCGAAUACUCGCUUGAUAGAAGAGGCCCCCACACACGACACGACACGAUAGAACAGAACAGAACAGAGCACAUGCACGCAGCCUCAGAGCUGCUCUACACGACUCAAUAAAGACGUAGACACACGACACAAAUGCUAAAAUGUCGCUGCCCAACGAACAGACAAACAUGCCGCACAAUCCCGACACACCAUCCUCAAAUGCAUCCACAACCUCCUCACCCACAUCCACAACAACAACAGUAUCGACACCAACACCGGCAACACCUUCCACAACAACAACAACAAAUACACCUAAUGAGCUGAAACAACGCCUGACGCCAUUGAAUGUGCGUCGUUUAUCGGGCUACGUAAAUCCGCAAGCGAUCAGCGAUAAUGCUAUUGAUAGUAAUGAUGAUCCCCCGCCCACCACCAUUAACAUUGGUCUCUACAAUAACAACAACAAUAAUAAUAAUAAUAACAACAACAAUAAUACAAAUAAUAACAACAACACAACGCCACCAUCCGCAUAUGCCACACCACCAAUAUACCAACAACAGUUGUCAACACUGACAACAACAACACCGCUAGAUGUGGCACAGGAUGAUAAAUAUCGAUUGUUUACCAUUUUCAAUGGAAACGAUCCCGACAAUGAGAAAUUGUCGGGCCUACCACAUUCGACAACCGGUUCACUAAGCUCAAUCAUCACGACGUCCAUAGCAUCCUCCGAACCGGAUCCUGGAGCGGCGAGUGGCGGCGGCGGCGGUGGAGGCGGUGGAGGCAGUGGCGGAAGCGGUAGCGGUAGCGGUAAUGGUGGCAUUGGAUCAGGAGCCCUGGUGGCAGCAGAUGCCUCCAGUAUCGCGGGCAUCAAUGGCAGCUCCGAGGAGAAGUUGGCCCUCAACCGGCCGGGCAUCAAGCAGGAGAAGUGGACCACCAUCCUGCUCCAGGUAUCCAUUCCGUUCUUUCUGGCCGGCAUCGGGACCAUCGGAGCUGGCAUUGUCCUGGGACGUGUAGAGAAAUGGUAUGUCUUCAAGAAUGUGAGUGAGCUGUUCAUUUUGGUGCCGGCGCUGUUGGGACUGAAGGGUAAUCUGGACAUGUGCCUGGCCUCGCGACUCUCCACCCAGGUGAAUCUGGGCAACAUGACCAGUCGGCAGGGCGUGGUGCGGAUGAUUGUGGGGAACAUAGCACUGGUGCAGGUGCAGGCCACUGUGGCCUCCUUCCUGGUGGCCAUGUUUGCGGUGAGCGUGGGAGCGGCGAUGACCGGCGAGUUCUACUUUGAGAAUAUGAUGCUCCUGACCGCCUCGGCCAUGUUCACGGCCACCUCCUCGUGCUUUGUGCUGGACUUUGUCCUGGUGGCUGUGAUUUUGUUCUCGCAGAAGUAUCGCCUCAACCCGGACAACCUGGCCACUCCCCUGGCCGCCUCCAUCGGCGAUGUGGUGUCCAUCAGUCUGCUCUCCUUUAUUGCCUCGCUGCUGUAUGAGCAUAUCAAAACGCACCUGUGGAUCACCUUCAUCGUGGUCUGCUGCUACCUGGUGCUGCUGCCCAUGUGGGUGAUGAUCGUGCUGAGGAACGAGUACACGCGACCGGUCCUAAAGAGCGGAUGGGUGCCCGUUCUGUCCGCACUCUGUAUAAGUGGGCUGGGUGGCCUUGUGUUGGAUGCCGCCGUUGAGGUAUUCAAUGGCUUUGUGGUCUUUCAGCCGAUCAUCAAUGGAAUCGGCGGCAAUCUGGUGUCGGUGCAGGCCAGCAAGAUAUCAACGAUGCUGCACCAGAGCUCAAUUAUUGGCAUUAUACCACCGCACACCAAGAUCUUUGAGUGGCCCUGGAGGGCGCUCUUCAAAGGAGUUCCCUAUGCGAAAACGGCGAGGAUACUCAUUGCCAUGUCCAUUCCCGGCAAUAUACUGUUCAUAUUCGCGGCCGACUACAUAAACAUGAGCACCUCGACGGUGUCCUGGGUGUUUGUGGUCUCCUAUCUGACCGCCAGCUUGGUUCAGGUGAUGCUGCUGCUGUACAUUGCCCACAUAAUCGUCCAUGCGAUGUGGAAGUGGAAGAUCGAUCCGGACAACUCGGCCAUACCCUACCUGACGGCGCUGGGCGAUCUCCUGGGAAGCAGUCUGCUGGCCGUGGCGUGGCUCUUCACCAUGUCCGUGGGGAUGCAGUAUGGCUCCGGAAUGGAGACCCUCAAUGCCCCCAACUAGGAAAAAAAAAAUAUAAAUAAAAAUUAAAAACAGAAACUAAACCGGAAACGGAAACGGAUACGGAAACGGAAGACACACAAUUUAAAGAACUGUUAUGUACCUAAAUGAAAAUUCAACCCAAAACACCUAGAAAGACACCCAAGAACACCUCGACAACACAACAAAUAAUAGAAAAUAGUUAAAAACCAAACACCUAGAGAUCGUGCUAACCAAUUAUGUAAUGUAAUGUCGGAUGAGGAUGUGUGGAGGCGAGGCGAGUUAUCCUUUAACCCCAUUGUGUCCUUCUCUACAUGGCUUUUGCUUGUGUUCCUUUUGCUCUACCGAUAAAUUAUGAUUUUGAGUAUGGUAUAUAUAUAUCUAUAUAUAUAUACGCGCUUAUAUAUAAACACAGAUGUCGAUUUGCAGGCAUGCUGCGUCAUAUUUUUUUAAGGCUUUUAGGACAAUAUUAUACAAGUUUAAAAAAAUAUAUAUACAACUAAAAAAAAAAGCAACAGCAGAAGAGAGAAAAGAACUAAUGGAAAAACUA